AUGGCAGAACCAGAAACACAAAAUGGCUACCUCGAUCUUGGGGGUAGCUUCCUUAAAGAGCUACCAAAUUCAAUCGAAAGAUAUCCAUACGAAGGAGAGUGCUCCUUCCUCCGCAUCUUCAAUCUAAAACUUAAUCACCACGAGUCCUCGGGACAUGAGAAAAACAACUUCAUCCUAUUUCAUACGAGUCGUGAAAUGAUUGAAAACCUGUUGAAUCCAGACAACGAAUCAACUACCCUUACAAAGAACUGUUCCUCUUUUGAUCUCGAUGAGGAACUUAUCCUGAUCAAGAUGCCAUCUCCGGAACAUUCGACUGCACUCGCUGCCAUGGACGACGCAAUCACAGCAGCUCUGCUACCAAUGGGGCUAUUUCGCCACCUAGACAAAUACCCUAGAACGACUAUCCAGGGGAGAACAAGAGGAAAGCAACCUGACCAAGGCUGGGGCUCUAAAAGGCCACCGCGUGAUUCAAAAUUGAAUUCUGAUGUUCGAUUCUGGAUGGAUCCGGCCGACGGAAAUGCCAAGAUUUGUCUAGCUCUGAAAGUAGACAAACGCCAGCCAGCAAUCCGUAUUGAGAACUGGAGACUCCAGAAUGGAAGGCCCCACCGCGUCCAGAUGAUCGAGGUGACCAAGGUGUCAAACCACAUAACUGUCACAAACGACCCUCUUAUUAUCCCAUUCGAAGACUUAUUCCUCCGCACACCAUCUAUACCCGCCGAAAGAGAUAUUGAAAUCUCACAGCAAGAUCUGGAAGUCAUUGCAGACACAAUCUGGGAUGUUCAGGGCUUCUAG